UGUGCGUCAAAGAUGACAAUAAUAAGCGUGUGAGACUGUGAAUUAAUGGCUUUAAUUUGGCAUUCCUGUAAAGAGGCAAAACGAAAAUGGUGAAGGUAAUUGUGUUUUAGCUUUGAGUGGUUCGUAAAGUGAGGAUGUACGUUACCGGCACUGGUGACAAUUAGGUGUUAUGUAUGUUGGCAGCGUAGAGAACAUCUGGGAUGUACUGUGUUUUGGUUUAUGAACCGGCGUAGUUUCUGUUGCACGGUUAGGAUAUGGACAAAUAAUUUUCUUUAGAAAAUGGAAGAUAUACAGCUCACUGAAAGUGAACAGCGGUACUUUGGUGACUUGUUUGCAUGCUGUGAUUUAGAAAAUACAGGAAAAAUACCAUUGUCUAAAGCAGCCGAACUGUUUAAGUCUGCAAAUCUCCCUAUUGGUAUCUUGAAACAGAUUACAGACAUAUGUGGAGUUGGAAGAAGUAAUUAUUUGGAGCGCCGACAGUUCUACUGGACACUGAAGCUUAUUGCCGCAUUCCAGGCAGGGUUACCAAUUCGUCCAGAAUUAUUUCAAACUAACUUAGAUGUACCUUUACCUCGCUUCACAAGAAACAACAGCAUGGAGAAGUGGGAGAGAUGCCAUGUUAAUCAGAGUGCAGGCAGCCCUGACUUAAUACAGCUCAGUGACACUGAUAGAAGUCUGAAUCAGGUGGCUGCUGGGAGAAUGGCUUGCAAUAGUGAGGUGAUUGGGAGGCAUUCUCCAACUCAUAAUGGACGUGCUCUGUCACUAUCAAGUGGACAGAAGAGUCGAUCACCAGAAGCAUCAAGCACAGCCAGUGACUCUCCUACCCCCACUAACAGUGUACAGGAGCGUAACUGGGCAGCAGCUGCACAGUGGCAUGGAAUAGUAUGUGAAGAACAACGACAGUUACUCGGGACUGAAGAGGAGUCAUCGGACCGCCAUAGCAGUGAUGAUGAUGGUGACCCAUCAGAGGUGUGGACAAUCACUGAAGAGCAACGAGAAUACUACACUGCUCAAUUCCUUUCACUGCAACCAGAUCCUGCAGGAUUGGUUGCUGGUUCUGUUGCACGUCUUUUCUUUGAAAAAUCAAGGUUACCUGUUCAUGAGCUGAGAAAGAUAUGGCAACUCGCUGAUGUAACAAAGGAUGGUGCUCUCUCUAUUGAGGAAUUCAACACAGCAAUGCACCUUGUUGUACUCCGGCGUAAUAACAUAGAUCUGCCAGACUGUUUACCACCUACUUUGGCUCCACCACUCCCGGCAUCGGUGACACAGCCUUUAGCACCCCCGCAAGCACCUGUACAAGUUACUUCAGUUCCACCCCCUACAGUGGUACCUGUACCUGAGCCGACGACAACAUUGGUUUCUGCAGACAGCCCUCCCAGCCCAUCACCAUCAGCAGGUGGUGACACCGAUUCACCACUACGGGGAAGUAACAAGGACGUUAGUAAGUGGACAAAGUUUGUGGACUCUCCCACGAGUUCUGUAUCAUCUCCAGGUCCAAAGCCAGUGAAUUUUGAUUUCCAUAAAUCAGCUGUUGAACAGGAUCCUAAAAUUCUGCAUCCUGUAGCUUUGAGAGUCACACCGGAGUCACAGGGUGUUAGUGUGGUUGCGGCAGUUGCUAGUGCGGCAGUUGAAGAAGAACCUUGCAGAUCACCACGAAAACCAUCUGAACCACAAGCCAUUCCAUAUGAACAAUUUGGUGGAAGUGCAGACUCAGGCAGCCCCAAGAAAGUACUCUCUACUGCUGUGACUCACACAGAUGCAGCACCAGCAGAAAUUCGACCCAUUCAGAGGCCACAAGCAAAGAAACCAGCAGCUCCGGGACCUGGAGCAAUACCCCCUCCACCACAGCCAGCUGUCAUCCCAACCUCUGAAGAAGUCAACAGCAUACCUGGCGCCCAGUCUGGGCCAACCAGUCUUCCAUCAUCUCAGAUAGGACCCAAAAAGGAGCCUCCACCUCCUCCUCCACCUAGACCUUAUCGUACGCAUGCAAGGAGUUCAUCUUUGGACCUCAACAGGCUGGGUAAAUCUGGUGGCCUGUUAGGUAUUCCUCCAGUUGUACCUCCUCGUGUAUCCCCAAGCACGACAUCACCAAACAAAAAGCUGAUUGGGCAACAUAGUGAAGGCGAUGUGCUGUCACUAGUGUCAGAUCAAACUGGAUUUGCGGAUUUUGGCAGAUUUGGGCAGGAGGAAGAGGAGACUGCAGAAAUGCAGAUGCCAAGAAAACAUGGGGCGUUUGAAGUUUACCGGAAACCUACUGCCCGUGCAUCUGAUGCUGGAGUUGGUGUCCUUCCUGAACAGGAUAGCCCACAGGAUGACAGUCAGCAACAAAGGCACCAGCAUGAGCCAUCAACUUCUAGGCCAUCGAAUACCUUGCGUCAACUUCAAGAACAAAACACACUGCUGCUUAGAGUGUGCCAGGAACUGAACCAAGAAUUAGCAGAAGUUCAAGAAGAAAGGGCCUCUUUGGAAAUGCAGUUGGAGCAUCUCAGAAGUCACCUAACAGAAUGAAAGCCCUUAAAUUAAAGAGUAUAUUGUGUACUGGAAUUUCUCAAAGUACUGUCUUGUACUUUUCUGGAUACAAGGCAAUUUUCAGUUAUAGAAUUCUUUAUUGCAUGGAUAAGAGACAGUUGUGGAGUCUAAAAAAUAUAUAUGUUUAUUAUGCUAUUUUGUAAUAAUCUACGAAGAGAAUUAAGGUUGAAACUGCUAGAUAGUUUUUGACAUAGAUGUAUGUUAAAAUGUGCAGUUUAUUUUAUAUGUUGACAUGUAUGUCAGAAAGAAGGGAAAAAAUCUGUUAGAUCAUUUUAAGUUCCAGGCAGUUACUAAUAUAGUAAAAAGACCUCCUUAAAAUGUGUUGUUUACUGAGCAACAGUCAAUGGCAUUGACUGCUAAAUGUGCUUUGUAUGUAGUCAAGAGAUCAUAAAAAACCUAUGCUGGACACUCCAGAUUGGCUUGUUUUGCAGAGUAUAUGCAGUUACUAUGGUGUUCUAAAAUAAUGCUUCAAGGUGCCACAAGUAUUAUUGUGUUAGUGCUGUACAUUUUGUACAUUGGUGCUCUUGUUCAAUUGAGUUGUUUUGCCUGAGAAGUUUGGAAGUUGUGGCCAGAGGUGUAUUUUUUAUCUUGGGAGUUUUUCCUAGACAGAUUACCUCUCUUGUGCUCAAUAUAUGCCUUUUAUAUUGUUAUUGUUGACCUUUGUAAUUGAACAUGUAGUUAUUAAUAUAUGAGAGCAUGUAAAAGCAAAGAUUCCAAAUUGUGAAUGUAAUUUUUAAAUUUACUAUUUUUUUAAUUCAUUGUAAUGAUAAUGGGGAUGUUAUUCAACAUUAUUUUUGUUUGUUUGUAUGUGAAGAUUGAAGUAUACAUGUUUGUCUUUAAUAUACUGACAGUUUUGGUUAGUUACUAUUGCUGAAACAUUUAUGUGAAGUUAAACAGGCAGCUAAUCCAAAAAAGUUGUAGAAGCCAUUGUAUUUGCCUGCUUAUCUUGUUGACAGAAAAUUGUCACAAAUUGCCCAUUCAUAAGCCAGCAUCUCCAUUAUUUACUGUCUGUGUAGAGAUGGAAGUGCUCUGAUUGAAAUUUUAUAGCAAAAUUCUCUGUGCAUAUGUAUUGAUAGCAGGUUGAAGUAUGGAAGAGUUCCAGACCAGAUCUAGUUGCAUGAGUGUAUUGUCCAGUGAGUGACUUGGGAAAACUUUUUUGUGCCAUAAAAUAAGAUAAUUUGGAAGUAAAUGAAACUGGGGAAUCUACAGUCAGUGUCACAAAAACAUCGGAUGGAGCUUCAUGUAAUGCUCACCUUUGGUUACAUGCGUUCAGAGUUAGAGAUACUUGGUACUGUUGCAGUACUUGUCAUGUUAAGACUUUUAUGUGCUGAUGAGUUCAUGAAUAUUUGUAUGAUCUGAUUUUUUUUUUUCUUUUUCUGUUGUGUAUCCUAAUGAGAGUGAAGCUUUCUGCGUACUUGAAAGGAUGGUAGUCUACAUUGUGUGUGCGAAUUUAAAACAAAACAAGAAAAUCCCAAUAAUUAUGAACUAGAGUAGAUAAUUAAAAAGACUAUACAAAGGAAUAUAGUGCAACUGUGCGAUAUUGUAGGAAAAAAACUGAAUUAAAUCUUUAUAUUUUACAACCAAAGAUUUGCUUUCAGGCCGAGGGACAGCAGAGAUUAGGACAUGAUUAAAAAUAGGGUCCCAGAAUCUAUGGAAAAUAUACUAUGAGGCUCCUUAACCACCCUUCCCAAUCCUCAGUUAAAGGUGUUGCAUCAAAAGCUUGUAUAGUUAGUGUAUUAAGAUUGAAGUAUAGUGCUGUUCUUUAACAUCAUAGAUCUGAAUUACAUGAGUAAUUCAGUUAAGCAUAUGAGUAAAUUGCAAAAUUCCAAUUUCCAUUGUCAAUCUCAUUUAUUUUCAUCUCUCUCUUGCUGUUUGUUCUGUGAUUAAAGAGCCUUGUAGCAGUUCAUAUUUUGUGAUCGAAAGUCCAUACUGCCAAUUCAUGAAUUACCUCGAAGCAAGAGGUUUUUUUUCCAAAAGUUAUGUAUUCACAUACUUCUGUUUUUGGUAACUGUAACCAGUAUACUUCCAGCAAGUUGUAUAUUGGUUAUUUUUUCACUUAACGUGGUUAUAGCUGUACAAAGCCAAUUCACACAGUUUAUUGAUCCAUGUCUUACCCUUUCUUAUCAGUAUGUUACCAUUAUUUUUAUACAAAAGAAAAGAAAAGGAAAGAAACAAGCACCAAUUUUUGUUCUUUCUUCAACAACUUAAUACUCAAAUUCUGUUUGUUUUGUUAUUGUAAUUGUUUGCAAUUUACAAGAUAAUUUCUUUUUCUAACAGAAUCUACAAUUCAGACUAAUACACUGAAAACAUUGUUUUCAUCUCUCUAAUCCCAGCUAUCAGUUUAAAAGAAUUUGGGGAUGUGUACCAUUGUCCCUUCUUCAUAUUUCAUAUUAACAUACAUGGAAUGAAUGUUUGUCAAAUUUGGGGUUGACUGUGAAUAUUUACACAAGCACUAAUUAUACGGAGUUAUUGUGAGAAAGAACAUUCAAACAGUGGAAUCACAUCUUUCAUUUUUAGCCCUCGUUGCAGUGGUCACAGUACUGUUCUUUUUUUCUUUUCUUUU